AUGUCGACACAUAGAGAGGGCGUCAACCCUCUGAGGCCGUAUUACAUACCGCCGACCAUCGGCGAGGCGGUGGAUCCUAUUUCCAGCUCGCACGCGAACUCUUCCUACAGCCAACACGCGACGGGCAACAACACGCGAUAUGCGACCAAGGCGCGCGAUGUCCUCACCGAUCUCAACUACAAAGGCCUGCUCGAUGAUUCAUCCCCAUCAAUAGUGCAGAGCGCCAAGGAGCUCGUGGACGAGCUGUUAUGGAAAUACACGUCGGUCCUGAUGGCCCAGCCCUUCGAGGUGGCGAAAAUGAUGCUGCAGGCAAGGGAUCAAGACGACAAUGCCACACUCGGGACUCCGGAGCCAGAGGACUCGGACUCCGAGGGCGACGAGCCGGCGUAUUUCACAUCCAACGUCCCCGGCGCGGCCAUGCCAUCUCGCAACGGUGCACUCGGAAAUCGUCGACAGCCGUCCUCCCUGCCGCAGUCAACUCGGGCGCCGAAGAAGCCAAACCACUACCUCGUUCUGCGACGACCCGACUCCGUCUUCGAUGUCAUCGGUCAGCUCUGGGCCCGAGAUGGCGUUUGGGGGGUCUGGAAAGGCUCCAACGCGACCUUCCUGUACACCGUCCUCCAGUCUCUGCUGGAAAACUGGUCCCGAAGCUUUUUCAGCGCCAUCUUCAACGUACCGGACCUGGGCGUGAAAGAGGACCUCGAACGUCUCAUCGACAUUGCCUCGCCGUAUCCCUGGAUGUCGCUGUUUGUGGCCGGCGCUGCCGCAGUGGCCACCGGUGUUCUCCUGUCGCCCCUGGACCUUGUGCGCACGAGGCUCAUCAUGACUCCCAUCUACAAUGGACAGCGACGAACGCUCGCCUGUCUGCGGGCGCUCCCGUCCUACCUGUGCCCCGCCGCGAUCGCCCUUCCGACCGUCCUAAACUCUCUCAUACAUCCCCUUCUGACCCUUUCGACGCCGCUCGUCCUCCGAACGCGCUUCAUGAUCGACAGCCACGCCUCUCCGAUGACAUUUUCCGUCGUCAAGUUCUUCACCUCGUCGGCCGCCAUCCUUGCCAAACUUCCCAUCGAGACUGUGCUCCGCCGCGGUCAAAUGGCUGUGCUUUCGGGGAAGGACUAUGUCCGUGCCCUCGAAGGCAACGAGCAGACCAUGGAUACGGUCGUGCCCAUUGGGCGGUACAACGGCGUCAUCGGCACCAUGUACCACAUCACGUCUCAGGAAGGAACACGCGAGACCACAAAACAACCGGCGACCAAGAAGGGCAAGGCCUAUUCCAAGGCCACCCGGCCGACCCAUAGACGAGGCCAGGGCCUUGAAGGGCUCUGGAGAGGUUGGAAAGUCAACUGGUGGGGGCUCGUCGGGCUCUGGACGGCGAGCGUCGUCGGGAACGGCGGCGAGGGCGAGUUUUAA